UCCAUGUUCAUAGGAGGUAAAGGAGGGAAGGACCCAAGCCAAGCCGCGUCCUUUCUCUCUCUCUCUCUCUAGAAGUUUCUCUCACGAACUUUUCCCGGCAGCCAAACACCUCCCUUCCUUCUUGUUUUGAUCCUAAAUCCAUAUUUCAUCCUCCUCGGCCGUCGAGAUUCAAACCCUAGAUUCUCAUUUCUGUAUUUUUCCUUUAGAUCUGUGCCUCAAAGCCCAAUAUUAUCCAGACGAAUUUACCAUAGCCCCGUUAGGGUUUCCUGGUUUUAAUUGUCUAUGAUUUGUUUGGGGCCCUGGUUUUUGGGGUAAUUUCUCGAUUAGAUUCGUGUCUGUGCCCAACAAAUGUCGCUUCUGCCUAAGAGCGAUUCAAUUCAGAUUCGGGAGGUUUGGAACGAUAAUCUGGAGGAAGAGUUCGCUUUGAUUCGAGGAAUUGUGGAUGAAUUUCCUUUUAUUGCGAUGGACACCGAGUUUCCAGGGAUUGUUCUUCGGCCGGUGGGUAAUUUCAAGAACAGCAAUGAUUAUCAUUAUCAGACUCUGAAGGAUAACGUGGAUAUGUUGAAACUGAUUCAAAUGGGACUUACAUUUUCCGACGAGCAAGGGAACCUGCCCACGUGUGGAACUGAUAAGUAUUGCAUUUGGCAGUUCAAUUUUCGUGAAUUUAAUGUUAACGAGGACGUUUUUGCGAAUGAUUCCAUUGAGCUUUUGCGCCAGAGCGGUAUCGAUUUCAUGAAAAACAAUGAAAAAGGCAUUGAUGCAGUGCGGUUUGGGGAGCUCCUGAUGUCUUCAGGGAUUGUGUUGAAUGAUAAUGUUUAUUGGGUCACUUUCCAUAGUGGGUAUGAUUUCGGAUACUUGCUUAAGCUCUUGACAUGCAAGAAUUUGCCGGACACGCAAGCAGGGUUCUUUAAUUUGAUUAAUAUGUACUUCCCAGUGCUGUAUGAUAUCAAGCAUUUGAUGAAGUUCUGCAAUAGCCUUCAUGGUGGAUUGAACAAGCUUGCGGAGUUGUUGGAAGUGGAGAGAGUUGGUAUAUGCCACCAGGCAGGUUCAGAUAGUUUGCUCACAUCUUGUACAUUCAGGAAGUUGAAAGAGAAUUUCUUUAGUGGCUCACUGGAGAAAUAUGCCGGGGUUUUGUAUGGUCUAGGGGUUGAGAAUGGACAAAAUACUCAUUGAAAUUGAAAAAAAAAAAAUGAAAUGAAAGUUGUUGUUUAACGGUAUGUGUGUGCAUGACACCCAUAUUCCUAUGUACACUUUUGGCAAAAUGUCGUUUCUUAAGUUAUGAAUUUUCCCUUAUGCCUA